GCCUGCCGCAUCACAUCCAGCACGGAGUCAGCAGUCUACGGCCGUAAAUAAUCAGCAGAGACCACGUCAGCAGUAGACAGGCCGUGCACCAGCGCGUACCUACGCCAUGCAGGGGCGCAUAGAUCUUAAUCCCGAUGUUAUCCUGGGUACGUUCAUACUAUUUGAUUCGGUUAUGCAUGCCUUGAUCGAUCCGGGUUCCACGCUCUCUUAUAUCUGUGUUAUCAUGCUUGCUAAUUCUGUGAUCAUGAGGAGUGACCUUGAGAUACCUACCGUCGUAUCGAAUCCGCUAGGACAUAGCGUGCGUCUUCAUCACAUUUAUCAUAGGUGUCCGUUGUCUGCGCAAGGGAAGCAAUUCCCUGCAGAUUUGAUAGAGCUACCACACAAGGAGUUUGACAUUAUCCUUGGUAUGGAUUGGCUCACCGAGCAUAGAGCAGUGGUCGACUGCAGUAGUCGGACCGUACGGCUGAGAGCCGAUGACGGUAGUGACGUGACGCUCUUCGGGGAGGUGUUCCCCAAGGCUCCCGAGUUUAUAUCGUCCAUGAGCGCGAGGCGCUUGAUUCGCAAGAAGUGCGAGAUGUUCUUGUGUCACGUUCAGGAUAUGCAGAAAGAAUCACCACAUCAGCAGGACAUCCCUACAGUUUGCGACUUCCCCGACGUCUUUCCCAAAGACCUUCCUGGUUUGCCUCCGCCGAGAGAGGUAGAGUUCUCGAUCAAUCUUGUUCCGGAUCCGACUCAUGUGUUGCCGACCAAUGCUGUUACCCUCGAUGAGAGUUUGUCUUACGAAGAAGAGCCAGUUAAGAUCUUGGCGCGCGAAACUAAGGUACUGAGAAAUAAGACGGUACCUUUAGUAAAGGUACUAUGGCGUAACCAUGCUGUGGAAGAAGCCACCUGGGAGACCGAAAAAUCUAUGCGAACUCAGUACCCUCACCUCUUCGGCGACCAAUGACUCAGGUUUUGAUAAAAGACAAACACAUCAACAACCAUAUUUUAUAUAUAUCAAGAAGGCAAAGAAGCAUAUCAAGAAAUACAAGUCGAUUAA